AUGCCGUACAGUGGAAGAGAAAGGCCCAUCCUCCCCAACCCAGAUGAGACUAGCAGCCGAGCCCAGAAAAUGAGCCUGGUGCUCUGUGACAUUGUCAUGGUGCAGCCAGACGGAGACACCACAGGAGAGGCUGUCCUGGCCCUAGCGAAGGAACCGAGAGGGUCAGACAUGGUGUCGGUCACCAAGUGGUGCCAGUUCGGGUAUGAGGAGGCCGGAGAAGCUGGGGACUUUGCCAAGAGGCCCUUUGCUGCCAGAUUCCAGACAUUCAGCACAAAACAUGAUGGCGCUGAGAGACUUGAAUCAGGGGAGGGGCAUGCCGGCCUCCACUUUUGGUCUCCCCCGGGGGCCGUUCAGGAAGCCGUGGAGGUAGCUUUAGAUGCUGGAUAUCAGCACGUCGACUGUGCUUAUUUCUACCAGAACGAGGCCGAGAUCGGAGCAGCCUUUCAAAAGAAGUUCGGAGAAGGGAGGCUGAAGAGAGAUGAGCUUUAUGUGGUGAGCAAGCUGUGGAACAGCUUCCACGCCCCGCAGGAUGUGAAGCCGGCUUUCCUGAAAAGCCUGAUGAUGCUGAACCUGGAUUACCUGGAUCUCUAUCUCAUGCACUCUCCAAUGGGCUUUCCGGUAAGUGGGGAGCUCAUGCCUCAAAAGGACGGGUUGCUUCUACAGUCGGAUGUGGACUACGUGGACACCUGGAGGACGAUGGAGAAGCUGGUGGACGAAGGCCUGGUGAAAUCGGUGGGAGUUUCCAACUUCAAUGUCUCCCAGCUGGAGAGGCUGCUGUCCGUGUGCAGGAUCAAACCUGCCGCCAACCAGGUGGAGCUGCAUCCCUACCUGACCCAGCCCCAGCUGGUGGAGUACUGCAAGUCUAAGGGGAUUGUCCUCAUUGCAUACAGUCCCUUCGGCUGCCCAGCCCUGAUGUGGAAAAAUUGGGAAGACCCUGUGCCUCUCCUGGAGAAUCCCACAGUGAAUGAGAUCGCUCAGAAGCAUGGAAAGACCAGCGCUCAGGUUCUCAUCCGCUUCCACAUUCAGAGGGGCAUCGCCACCAUCCCGAAAAGCAUCACCCCGGCCCGCAUCGUGGAGAACGCAGAGGUAUACGACUUUCACCUGACACACAAAGAAAUCCAGAUGCUGGAAGGACUAAACUGCAACACGCGAUUUAUUAAAUGGAACUUGCUGGGGUGA